AUGGAAGCCCUGCAGAGGCAGCAGGCAGCCAGAUUGGCCCAGGGGGUGAGGCCAUUGGCCCUUCCACACCCACCACCACCACAGCCUCUCUUGCCUGCCCCCCGGAUUCUGCAGGCCCCUGAGAGGGCCUUGGGGAUGGUUGGGGCUGAGGAAGAGGAGGAUACCAGAGAGGAUGAGGAGGGAGAGAAAGCCAGGUCCGAGAAAGAGGCAGCUGAGGAGAGUCGUCCAGGAACCCAGGGUCCCAGCUCACCUUCCAGCCAGCCCUCUGGACCUCAUCCCCAUGAGUGGACCUACGAGGAACAGUUCAAGCAGCUGUACGAGCUCGAUGCAGACCCCAGGAGGAAGGAAUUUCUGGAUGACCUGUUUAGCUUCAUGCAGAAGAGGGGGACGCCAGUGAACCGCGUGCCCAUCAUGGCAAAGCAGGUGCUGGACCUGUACGCGCUGUUUCGCCUGGUGACGGCCAAAGGUGGCCUGGUGGAAGUCAUCAACCGCAAGGUGUGGCGGGAGGUCACGCGCGGCCUCAGUCUGCCCACCACCAUCACGUCGGCUGCCUUCACUCUACGCACCCAGUACAUGAAGUACCUGUACCCAUACGAGUGCGAGACACGGGCGCUCAGCUCCCCGGGGGAGCUCCAGGCAGCCAUCGACAGCAACCGGCGCGAGGGCCGUCGUCAGGCUUACACCGCCGCCCCGCUCUUAGGUUUGGCUGGACCGCCCCCUCGGGGCACUCCGGGCCCUGCUACUUGUCCUGGCUCCACCCUGCCCGCGCCUACGCCCGGCCCCCGCCCCGCCCAGGGCUCCGCCUCCGGUCUGCCGGCGCACGCCUGUGCGCAGCUGAGCCCGAGCCCCGUUAAGAAAGAGGAAAGUGGAAUUCCAACCCCUCGAUUGGCACUGCCUGUGGGCCUGGCCUUGGGACCUGCACGGGAGAAGUUGGCACCAGAGGAACCUCCAGAGAAGAGGGCUGUGCUGAUGGGGUCCAUGGACCCACCUCGACCUGGCACACCCCCCAGUUUUCUGCCCCAUGGAAAGGUUCCCCUAAGGGAAGAGCGCCUGGAUGGGCCUCUCAAUCUGGCAGGCAGUGGUAUCAGCAGUAUCAACAUGGCCCUAGAGAUCAACGGGGUGGUCUACACUGGCAUCCUCUUUGCCCGCCGCCAGCCUGUGCCAACUUCCCAGGGCCAAACUAACCCCACACCCCCAACCCCUACAGGGCCCCUCCUUUCCACCACCUCACCCUGA